AAGUUCCCACACAGAGGAGAAGAAAAGAAAGCAGCCCGGCUCCGGAUCAGCAGCUCCACUGAUGAUCACCAGGGAGUAAACGCAGACAUGCAUUCUGUAGGCAGGUCGUGGCUGCUGCUUACAGGCUUCAUCCUCUUUUAUAUCAUCUACCUGCUGUUCGGAGCCCUGGUUUUCUCCAGCAUCGAGCGGCCGGUGGAGGACAAGCUGCGAGAGGACAUGAUAGUCCUGAAGCAGGAGUUCCUGAACCUGAGCUGCGUCAACGCCGCGUCCCUCGAACUCUUUCUGGUCAAAGUGCUGAAGGCCAACAAGUACGGCGUCUCCGUCCUCAGAAACUCCUCCGUCCCUUCAAACUGGGACCUGGCAUCCUCCAUGUUCUUCGCCAACACUCUGGUCACCACAGUCGGUUAUGGUCACACCACUCCUCUGUCGGACACUGGAAAAGCCUUCUCCAUCAUCUAUGCCCUGAUAGGAGUCCCCUUCACCAUGCUGGUGCUCACCGCCUGCGUCCAGAGGCUCAUGUACCCCCUGGUCCUCGCUCCGGUCGGCCUCCUGCAGCGCUCAGGCAUUGAGCCGCGGCCGGCCACCGUCGUCCACUUCGUGUUGCUGCUGGUUCUGGUGGUGUUGUGCUUCUUCGUGGCGCCGGCAGCCGUGUUCAGCACCGUAGAGGUGUCCUGGUCGUUCCUGGAUGGGAUCUACUUCUGUUUCAUCUCGCUGUGCACCAUCGGACUGGGGGAUUUUGUUCCGGGGACACAUCCUGGGCAGAAGUACAGGCCGCUGUACCAGGUCACUGUCAUGGUCUACCUGUUCGUGGGUCUAAUGAUGAUGUACCUCCUGCUGCGCACCUUCCACAAAAUGGCCGACCUGCACGGCCUGACCACCUUCCUGCAGCUGCCGCGCUGUGAGGAGUCUGACCUGGACGAAGACAGGGAGCCCAUUGUGGAGAAUGAACGUCAAAGUCAGAAAGAAAAAGCUGCCAACAAACCCCUGGAGCCGGGAUCUCAGCCCUCGUACAACACCAUCAACAAAGGCUGAGCUGUGGGGAGGCAGAGGGAAGGAAAAGGAGCUCUACCUCUGGCGAACCCCUCGGACCAGCGAUAAAACACCCCGACUGGCGGGCUGAAUCUGAAUUCUUGUCUUCAUUUUUUUUUAUUAUUUCGUCUCCUCCAGUGUCCUUGUUAACAACAACCAGAGGAGCGAGCGUAAUAAUAAUGAGGAAUCAAGAUGAGUUUUAAGAUUCAGCCUUUGUGAGAGGGGCCGCCAUGCAGUUUGAGUGGUUACUGCCACUUUCUGCACAUAUGAAAAGACUGUUCUAACUUGACUACAGCAAACCCGGCUGGGCUAAAAGGCACAGACGUACCUUUUCCUCCUGGACACUGGUGCAACUGUGGUGUGUUCACCGUACAGGCUCGCCUGGUGUUUUUACGGCCUCAGGAUGGCACAUGAAGGGCUCGGACUUGUGAUGGUUGUUUUCAGAUCACGUUUGUCUUUUGCAUGUAUUUUUGUCACGUUGCUUUUUUUUUUUCUGUGCCACAGGUUUGGGGUUGCUAAAUCAGGACUAACAAAUACUGUGUAUAACUGUGCUGAAACUAAAUCUUAGUGCAGAACACAACCUGUGGAUGCACUUGCCUUUUUCAACUUCACCAAAAAAUCUUUUUACACGUUUAACUGCAUUUGUUUUUAUUCAGGUGCAUUGUUCAGCUUUAUAUUUCACACAUGCACAUCAUGGCCAAAACACCUCCAGAUUAUUGACCAAACCAAAAGUCGUAUUUACUUACGUUCACCCCACCUAAAUGCAUUUUUACAAGCAUCAAUGUUCACGAGUGCAGUCGAAUCUGCUCCAACUUUUAGAUCACUUCCUCAAAUAAAGGUCAGAUGUGGACCUGCGUGGAGCAUUUAAAACACCGGGGACAUGAAAUGGAACCAGUUUCAUAUUUAAUUUGAUUUCCUGUGUGAGUGGUAACCUUUGUGUCUGGGUCAGCCUUGAAGAGAACAGAGGAGCGCUGUGUUUGCCUCAGGACUGUCCUCCUUUAUGGUGCUUCCCCCUGGUGUCUACAUGUAUGUAGUGCAUGUUAUCACACCCCCUAGAACAGUAAUGAAUUAGGGUGGAAGGGUUGGAAGAGAGGGACUGAGGAAAAUUACAAUUACAGUAAAUAAAGUGUUUCAUUGUAGUGAUUGAGACAUGAUUCAUUUCAAUGGAAGACCAAAUGUUACUUAUCAAACAACCUGUUCUGUGUGAUUUGAAGUGUACUUUAAUGUUUCUUUUACCACCAAAGUUGAAGUCAGGCUAAUUAUAUCCAGAUACUGUAAAAUAAUUUGUGUGUGUAUGUUAACAUAUUGACAUUGGAUAACCAUAAAUUUAAAAAAAAGGUUUGCUUUGUAUUAUGUUUAACCGUGUCGUCCUCGUCUGAGAUCUUUUGUACAAUAAACUCUGAUGUAAAUGGAAUUUGAA